GGGUCAAAUAGGGAGAAAUGGCGACGGAGCCAAGCUGUGGGCCCAUCUUUGGAGCAAGAUCUGGGAACUACAGUCAGCCUCAAGCCUCAACUUAGUUGGAGCUUGAGAGAGAGUGAGAGCCUUCCAUACAGCAGCCUCGCAGAGCAGAUAUUUUGACCUUGGCAUCUAGACAUCUCCCAUCUCCCCCAUGGCCCUGACAAUGCUGAAUGAGCUCCUGAUUGAGGACCCAAGCCCACCUCUGCUGCUCUAUCAGCUUAGCAAGACUGCCCAGUUAGACGCCCUCAACUAUCAAAGCUGCUUUAUGCAGGGGGUCUUUGCCCAUUUUCCUGAAAUCUUAUUUAUCCACCGGACCUAUAACCCAAGGGGCAAGGUGUUAUAUACCUUCCUGGUGGAUGGACCGCGGGUGCAGCUGGAGGGUCACCUUGCCCGGGCAGUCUACUUCGCCAUUCCUGCCAAGGAGGAUGCUGAAGGCUUGGCCCAGAUGUUCCAGGUAUUCAAGAAGUUUAACCCAGCAUGGGAGAGAGUCUGUACCAUCCUGGUGGAUCCCCACUUCCUCCUGCUGCCCACCCUCACUAUGGAGUUCCCCACAGCUGAGGUCCUGCUCUCAGCCUUCCACAUCUGUAAGUUCCUCCAGGGCAAGUUCUAUCAACUCUCCCUCGAACAGCCUGUGGAGAGGGUCCUCCUGACCUCCCUGCAGAGCACGAUGUGCUCGGCCACAGCUGGAAACUUGAGGAAGUUGUAUACACUCCUGAGCACCUGCAUCCCGCCGGCCCAGCUGCCGGAGCUCCACUCACACUGGCUGCUCAACGACCGCAUCUGGCUGGCCCACCGCUGGAGAAGCCGAGCCGAGAGCAGCCACUACUUCCAAGGCCUGGAGGUCACCGCCCACGUCCUCAGCCAGUUCUUUGGCACCACCCCAUCUGUGGAAAAAGGCAUGACCGCCCUGCUCCAAUACCUGAAGCAGAACUCAGGAGACAAGGCGAGUUUCAGCCUGGGCCUGAGUCCCCCGAACAAUCAUCCCCCUUCGGAUGGCGGCCCCGAAAGCCCCAAAGUGGAACAGUUGGUAGAAGCCCGCAUCCAACACUCCCUUAAUGCCAUCUGCACGGGGCCGGCCGCCCAGCUCUGCCUGGGCGAGCUUGCCGUGGUCCAGAAAUCCAUGCACCUCAUCGGCUCUGGUUCCGAAAAGGUGAACAUACAGAUCCUGGAGGACACCCAUAGGGUGCAGCCCCAGACCCCGGCCAGCUGCAGCUGCUACUUUAACCAGGCCUUCCGUCUGCCCUGCCGCCACAUCCUCACCAUGCUCAGUGCCCGCCGCCAGGUGCUCCAGCCAGACAUGCUGCCAGCUGGGUGGACGGCAGGCUGUGCUGCCAGCCUCGGUGACAUCGUGGGCAGCAAGUGGAGUGAGACCCUGGAUAAGCACUUGGCCGUGGCGCUCCUCACAGAGGAGGUGGGUCAGCUCCUGCAGCACUGCAGUCAGGAGGAGUUUGAACGGCGGUACAGCACCCUGCGCGAGCUGGCCGACAGCUGGAUCGGCCCUUAUGAGCAGGUCCAACUCUGAUUACCCUAGACGCCCAGAGGUGCUCAUCCGCAAAGUAUCUGCUCACAUCCCCCCUACACACACCCACACACAUAUUCACACGGUCGUACUUCCACGGGCCCUCCUUCCAGGGAAGAAGGACAAGGUUUUCUCUUCCACUGCAGCUUGCUACCUACAGUGUGUCUAGUUCCCUAAGACAGGAGGCGGCAAACCUUUCCCAUAAAGGGCCCGCUAGUAAAUAUUCUAGACUUGCUGGCCAUGUACAGCCUCUGUUGUAUAUUCCUGGUUCUUUGUUUUUGUUGUGUGGGGUUUUUUUUUGUUUGUUUUUUUUUUUGUUUUUUCUUUUUAACAACCUUUUCAAAAGGUAAAGACCGUUCUUAGCUCAAGGGCUUUAUAAAAACAGGUAACCCCUGCUCUAAGAUAAGCGAUAAGACACUGAAUGGAGAUCAAGGGUCGGGACUUGGUAACAGCUUCCCCAGUCAUGAGAUGACACCUCACCCACAGAGGAAAAGGCCCCCAGAGGCAGCGGCUCAGCCAGGCUCCCAGCCUCACCACGCCUCACCCUGCCCCAUCCUGAGGUCAUUAAAGUUGAAUGUUGUCUAUUUUA